ACUCAGUGUUGCUUUGCUCAGGUUCACAGAGGCAUGCAUCAAGGCAACCAAACCACGGUCUCAGAGUUCAUCCUUCUGGGACUUUCCAGCGAGACUGAGAAGCAGAAAGUCCUCUUUGCACUCUUCCUGGGCAUGUACCUGGUCACUGUGGCUGGAAACGGGCUCAUUAUCCUGGCUGUCGUUCUCAACACAAGCCUGCAUACCCCCAUGUACCUCUUCCUUGCCAACUUGUCCUUUGCUGACAUCUCCUCCUCUUCUACCUUCAUCCCCAAAAUGCUGGUGAAUCUUCAGACCAAGAGCCAGUCCAUCUCCUAUAACAGCUGCAUCACUCAGAUGUACUUUUCUAUCGUCUUUACCGUCAUCGACAAUUUCCUCCUGGGGGUCAUGGCCUAUGACCGCUUUGUGGCCAUCUGCCACCCGCUGAACUACACAACAAUCAUGCAUCCCAUGCUUUGCAUGUUGCUCACAGUCAUCCCCUGGGUCUUCAGUAACAUUGUUGCCCUGACACACACCCUCCUGCUCAUCCAGUUGGUCUUCUGUAACAGCAACACUCUCCCACACUUCUUCUGUGACCUGGCCCCUCUGCUCAAACUGUCCUGCUCUGAUACAACAGUCAAUGAGCUUGUGAUCCUUGUCGUGGGCUUAUCAGUCAUCCUGUUCCCCUUCACUGUCAUCCUUUUCUCCUAUAUCUGCAUCAUCAGGGCUGUGCUGAGACUCUCAUCCCUAGGAAAAAGAUGGAAAGCCUUCUCCACCUGCGGCUCUCACCUGACCAUUGUACUGCUCUUCUACGGGACAAUCCUAGGGAUUUACUUUUGCCCUGUGUCCACUCACCCAGAGGACACAGACAAAAUUGGUGCUGUGCUCUUCACCAUGGUGACACCCAUGGUGAAUCCGUUUAUCUACAGUCUGAGGAACAAGGACAUGAACGGUGCUCUGAGGAAGCUCAUCAAUAAAAAAUGGGGUCUGUCCCUUAGAUGCCCCCACACCUGA